AUGGAGGCUACUUUAGCACCUCCUCCACCUGAUCAGGUGGUUCGAAAUUCCGCAAAGCGGACCCGCGAUCUGUUCGGUGCAGAUUACUUUUUGCCGUCGGGAUUCACGAAACCUGGCGAGUCCAUAGGAGUGUCAUAUCGGCGGAAGACAGAGUACUAUGACGUGCAAACACUCCCUCCCGCCCUUGCUGAAAAGCAGGCAAAAGCCGUCGCGGGAAGAACGAAACGAAGGAAUGGUGCUGCGACUGGGACUGGGACCGCGGUGGGUGCUGGGUCUUCAACGGCCCUGGUGAAAUCUUCGCCAGCAGGUGGCACGCAACAAUCUGGUGGAGAAAAUAUGCCUACAAGUCUUGUAAGGCGGCCAAUGGUGUCUCAACAGCCAAAACCAGAAUGGCACGCACCUUGGAAACUUAUGCGGGUGAUAUCAGGACACUUGGGAUGGGUCCGCAGUUUGACAGUGGAACCUAAUAAUCAGUGGUUUGCAAGUGGUGCGGGAGAUAGAACGAUCAAAAUCUGGGAUCUGGCAUCUGGUAGCCUUCGAUUGACCCUCACUGGCCACAUAUCUACUGUGAGAGGGUUGGCUGUUUCUCCUCGACAUCCAUAUCUUUUCUCAUGCGGUGAGGAUAAGAUGGUCAAAUGCUGGGAUCUAGAAACGAACAAGGUCAUCCGCCACUACCACGGCCAUCUAAGUGGAGUCUACACACUCGAUUUACAUCCUACCUUGGACGUUCUCGUAACGGGAGGGCGAGAUGCUGUAGCAAGAGUCUGGGACAUGCGAACGCGAAGCAACAUCCACGUUCUUUCAGGACACAGAACAACCGUGUCAGAUCUGAAAUGUCAAGAAGCCGACCCACAAGUCAUCACCGCCUCCCUCGACUCAACUGUACGGCUAUGGGAUCUCGCCUCAGGCAAGACCAUGAACGUCCUUACGCACCACAAGAAAGGCGUUCGUGCCCUUGCAGUCCAUCCAAAGGAAUUCACAUUUGCCAGCGCCAGCGCAGGAAGCAUCAAACAGUGGAAAUGCCCCGAAGGUGCCUUCAUGCAAAAUUUUGAUGGGCACAAUGCUAUCAUCAACAAUCUGGCGGUGAAUGAGGAUAACGUAUUAUUUUCCGGGGGUGAUAAUGGCUCCAUGUCUUUCUGGGACUGGAAGACGGGCCAUCGAUUCCAGUCUCUGGACACGACAGCUCAACCUGGCUCGCUGGAUGCUGAAGCUGGUAUUAUGGCCGCUACGUUUGACCGUACGGGCUUGCGGUUGCUUGUUGGGGAGGCGGAUAAAACUAUCAAGAUCUGGAAGCCGGAUGAUGAGGCUACGGAGGAGACACAUCCGUUGGUUUGGAAGCCGACAUUGGGGAGACAAAAAUACUAA